CCUAACAAAAUCUAUCCAGAAUAUUCCAAACUAAAUAUGAAGCGAUACGAAAUGAUAAUCAAGAUCUUUCCACAGAAUAUAAAUGGAAUAAUUAGAACUGAAUGUCGUAUGAAAAAAACUUCUAAAAAUUCUCCAACUGUUACAGCAGUAUCGCUUCACGAUAAGAUGAUUUCAUAUACAAAGUUAGUCUUGAAUUUCCAAUCAAACCUCUAUGCAAUUACAUUUCGCGUGAUUAAUGACGCGAUAAAUAUUUUUAAUCGUGCGUCCCCGUUCGGUGAAUGGGCUCCAUCGGUUAACAAUGACAGCGCGAAUGCAAAGCGAGCGAGCGACUAAGAAAGAGGAAGGAAGUAUCGGAAGGAAGCGGUCAGAGGGAGAAGGCGCGAUGCUAUCGCUGGCCGAGUGAACGAGGGCGAUGGAAGGGAGAGAUUGGAGGGGCCAGUUCGCACGGGGGUCCGUGAAGGGGCCCAGGAGAGAGCGGAAUCGCAGGUGCGGUCGGGAUGAAGCACAGUCGAGCAAUGCUAUGCGGUCCGCCGUGGCGUGGAGAACAGGAGCAUUACGCGCCGCUUCCUACGGACCUCAUGAAUCCUUCUCGCGAGUCCACUUAGUGCAUCGCGUCCCGCUGCUUCCGGAAGUUCGUAUCGCGCACGGGGCGGCCGCGUGGAACGACAAUUCAGAAGAUUGAGAGCGUGAUGCGUCGCGUUCUUGGCUAACGCGUUGGAUUUCGUGCGGCACAUUCGGUCGGAUGUUCGUUAAAGUAAACUGGAAAUCUCUUUCUGACCGUGAAACCGUCCUGAUUGCCAUUGAGCCACGAUGAGGUCCAUCAUUUUCUAUUUGUCGCUCGUACUGAUAUCAACGUCGGCUGCCGAAUCAACCAACGACUGCAACGAUCCGAAUUUUCACUCUCUGGAGACGUCGGAGACGUCCAAGCUGGAAUGCGGUCCAGCCUUUGAAAACCGUUGUCACUGCCAAAGAACGUGCUACAACGGUCAUCACCAGUACGUCGUGAAUUGCACGAAUACCAGAUUCAAGAAUACAUCGCCGUUGGAGCAUCUUCCUAACGAGACGCAAGUGCUCAUCUUUACGGGAAACGAAUUGGUGGUGCUGCCGUGGAACGUGUUCGGCAAAUUGGACAGCCUGCCAAACCUGCGAGUGAUCGACAUGUCGAAUAACAAAAUACGCGAGAUCCGCGGCAAGGCUUAUCACCACGUGCAGCACGUCGAGCGUCUAAUACUCGACUUCAACGAACUCUCGUUGGACCCCGCGAGAAGUCAUCCGAGGGUGUUCUCCAACUUCGUCUCUCUCUUGGAACUGCACCUGACUGACGCUUUCGAGGAUGGCCCGCCGCGGAACCUGGCGGCGACGCUCCACGAUAUCUUCGUGAACAGCAAUCUCACGCAGCUGAUAAAGCUUCACUUGGAGCAAAAUGAGAUCUCGGAGUUUCGAGACGCCAACGUAUUCUGCGAUCUGCCGAAUCUCCUCGAUCUUUAUCUCGGCGAUAACGCACUGAGCGCUCUGCAUUUCAAUUUAUCGUGCCUUCACAAUCUGCGCUUCCUGGAUCUUCGGCGAAACAAAUUCACGAGGGUGCUCGAGCGCGAUCUUCACACCAUGGACAAUCUCGCCAAGCACGAGCGGCCCCUGACCGUGGACUUUUCCGUCAAUCCCUUCGAGUGCUCCUGCAAGCUGAACCCGUUCAUCAAGUGGAUGAAGAAGACGAAAGUGAUUGUUCGGAGUAAAGAGAGCUUACAGUGCUACGAAGGUAAUCUGAGAGAUAACGUGACGCACUACCUCCACGAAACCAAGAAUUGCGCUCCGCUACUUGCUUCCACCCGACGAGGGACGACAGUGGUGCUUUGUUUUCUGUCGAUGGUGCUGAUCGCUCUAGUGUGCGCCCUAGUUUACUUGCAAAGGGCGAAACUGCAGAAAAAGAUGGAGCCGGUGCUCGAUUCGGUUAGCAAGAGAGUCCGUUACACCUCGAUAGCGACCGGUGAUGCUCGCGAAGAUUGUCGCAGAACAACAAAAAAAAUGUCGCUCGUCAGACGACUCCGUCUCGACGAGAUUGUCAGUUCGUUUCCGGAACUGGGGCCAACAGCUCCAGAUGGUGGCUACUCGUGGUUCGUUCUCUUCGGUGUUAUCUUCAUUCAGAUGACCGUACCUAGCGUCUUGUCGAUGUACGGCAUAGUGCUGGGACAUUUAACGGAGGAGAAUUUCCUUUACCUCGACUUGUGGAGCGAGAAGAUCACUCUGACUCCGAUAUUGUUCGUCGCUUUUUGGAGCUUGGCAGAUCCAUGGACGAAAACGAUCACGGACCUGGCGUCGAUACCGCGACUGGUCGGCCUCAUCGGCGUGGCGCUCCUCACCACGGGUGUCAUAGCUUCCGGAUACCUGGCGACUGGCGGAGUGGGCGCAUAUUUGGCCAGCCUAAGCGCCGGAGCGGUGAUGGGUAUAGGAGCGAGUUUCGUGAUCGUGGAGAGCGAGACCGUGCUGCGAAAGCAUUUCAGAGAGAAGCUCGCAUUGGUGCUGACGCUGAAGAACGUCGCCGCAUCCGUCGGCUUCACCAUCGUUCCGGCGCUCACGCAUUUCUUGCUCGUGGAAACCGGACUGAGAGUCGGUCUCUUGCUGAUGACGAUCGCCUUCGUUCCUACCGCUCUGGGUGCUCUCACUUUACGCUCUCCUACUCCACAGCGAGCAUCUCCUUACAGAUUGCUUCUGCCGACCGAGGAGGACAAUGAACUAGGCAUCAGGAUAUCGUCGGACAAAGAGGAGUCGGAUCGACGGAAUAGCGGUUUAGACAACGUCGGCUACGACGGCAGCAGACAGGACGGAAAUCCCGCGCCCUUGUUCAGCGAGAUAAACAGCAUCUACGCGUAUCAGGAGACAGACGAGGACGUCGAGCUUUUCACCAGUCCGACCGUGCAGUCGGCCAAUAAGUGGAAGCAGGAGUUUCGCGUGGCUCGCUACUUCCGGUUCUGGGCGGUGGCGGUGACCUGGAUCGGAAUAAAAAUCGGAGCGCUCUUUUUCUGGAUUAUGGUACCAUUCUUGUUUCUGAAGCGAACGGGCGUUGGUUUCUCCGAUAAUUGGGUGCUGUUACUGGUGGCCGCUGGGAUCAGCUCAUUCAUACCCAGUCUCGCCAGCUACUGGUCCACGACCACUACCGCGCAAUACAGAAGAAUAUAUUUCGGCAGUGCCUGCUGGCUCGGCAGUAUUACUUUUUUAAGUUUAACUUACGCAGAUGAAUAUUACCGGUUUCUGAUAUGUUCACUACUCGGCGGAAUCAGCAUCGGCGGUCUGCUCGCCUGCAAGGACUUGACGCGCUGCGACGUCCUGGGGAAUCAAUUUGCGCAUCGCUCAUACAAGUUAUUCUCCACCGUCGUCGGAUUGGGCGUGCUGACUUUCAGCUUCGUGAACAGUGAGAGCCUGUGCCUUUACGCGGCUGCGUCGCUGCAGUUUUUCGGCGGCGGCUACUGGAUCGUGCCGUCCGUUUGGGAAAUCGUGCAAGCGCGGAGACGCAGAGAGGGUUAAUGCUGCUUACAAGAAAUCACGUCACGCUACGUUCCAUCACAAAAAAUAUUAUUACAGUAUUUACAGGGCGAAACAUAUGGCGAUCAAUUUCUCAACGCCUUUAAAUAGUAGGAAAUGUUCUUACCAAAUAAUCUUAACAAUAGACACGCGCUCCGUAUACUGCAAACUACAUAGCAAGAAAUCCAUUAUUAUUUAAUCCUUUGCACGUACAAAACAGCUCUCGUGAAUCGCAUAGUCAAUUUUAGAUUUUGCCUAGAAUGUAAAACGACAUAGCACGCAACGAAAUGCUAGACUUUACGCCUCUUACCGUUAAAUGCAGAGCAAUCGAACAAAUGUUUAGACAUUAUAUAAACAAUUAUAAUAAGGUAUCUUUCUGGGAACCUUUAUUAAAAUAUAUGUAUUUCUCAA